AAUGCCUUCCUCGUCUCUAUUGCCAAGGAGAGGCUACAUCAUAGAGACGGAAGGUCCCCCGCCGGCCUGAUCCGGAAGGAGCAACGGAGGACGCUCCAGGCGGGGGGAGCGCUUCGCCACGAGCUCGCCUUCGCGUCCCCGGCCGGCCUCUCCGCGUCCGCACGGAAUGCCGCUGCUCUCCAGCGUCCACGUGGGCCUCCCCGCCCCAGCGCCUCUUCAGCGCCUGGCGCUCGUCUCCGGCCCCUACGCCUAUUACCACUACGGCUGUGACGGCCUGGACGACCGGGGCUGGGGCUGCGGCUACCGCACGCUGCAGACCGUGUGCUCGUGGCUGGGGGCGGCCGGCGCAGGAGGGGCCGCCGGCCCGCCCGUCCCCUCCCUGAGGCAGAUCCAGAGCGCGCUGGUGCAGAUGGGGGACAAGCCCCCCUCGUUCGCCGGCUCCCGGGACUGGAUCGGCACGGUGGAGGCGGCCCUGUGCCUGGACCACUUCUAUGCCGUGCCGGGCCGGCUGCUGCACGUUCCCCGGGGCCGCGACCUCCGGGAGGCGCUGGAGGCCCUGUACGCCCACUUCCAGGGAGGGGGCCCCCCCGUCAUGAUGGGGGGAGACAGGGACAACGCCUCCAAGGGGCUGCUGGGGGUCUGCUCCGGCCCCACGGGGCAUUUCCUCCUGGUCCUAGACCCACACCACUACGGGCUGGCGGGCUCCGUCACGGCGGACGAGCUGCGGGCCAUGGGGCGGGUGUGCUGGCGGGAGCUGGGCUCCUUCGAGGCCGGCUCCUUCUACAACCUCUGCCUGGCCCAGUUCGCGAGGAGCGGCUGAGCUGCCAGAGCCCCGUUUUACGGGGCGGGGGGCACAUCUGUCCGGAGCCAAAGGCGGAAAGCGGUGGAGGCGCGGGCCCCUGCCGCGGGCCCCCGCUGGGGCCGGGAAGGCGGGGGCACGGCGGGGGCGCCUGGGGGC